CCCACGAAGGGCAGGGGGUCCAAGUGCAGUGACACACCUAAGGUAUCCUGGUUCCAGUUCUGAUAUAUGGCUGCGCCCCACCUAUCCCGGUACCAGACCUGUAUGUGGGCUGCUUUCCCAAGUACGGGGACUUCCACAGUGUGCAGGCUACACCCUUACGUGUGCGCGCACCCGCAGAGAGCUCGCGUCUCCUACGCCAGAAGUCAGUCAACUGAGGCAGAGGGGGCGGGCUUAAGACAACACCCCACCCAGGGGCGUGACCCGAUGGCGGACACCACCCCCCGGCUCUGCCUGGCCCCACCCCAAGCCGUGUCCUCGGGCUCUUGCGGCAGCAGAGAUUGACGCGAAUCCGCGCUCCUUCUUCUGAGCGUGCGCGCGCCCGAGCCCGUGCGUCACCAGCGUCGGCUCCCGCGGGCUGGGCAGCCGGCGGCCUGUGUUGCGGAGCGGGAACAGCGGCGGCGAGAAGAGGAUUGAACAGCCUUCCUGUGUCUCCAGAAGUCGACGGUGUGGGGAGCUGGAGUGACCCAGCCGGAUGUGCCCUCCAGGACAGAAUGGUGCUGGACUCAGGUGCUCAGGUGUAUGAGCAGGCACCCCCCAGCCCGCCAGCCAGCCCCUCCUCCUUGGCCCAUAGGCCGGGGCCCUCAGACCGAAAUGGGACAGCGCUGUUCCCCUGGCCUCAGUCCCUGGCCCUGCCCCUGGCUCUGUCUGUCCCCUCAGCCCUGCGGCCCCGGGCGGAGAGGCAGCCUUUCUCAGAGCUGCACUUGGGCCGCCGUGGACACAUGCGGCGCAGCGAGAGCACCUACACCGUGAACAGUACUGGCCGGCGGGGGGGCAGCACCCAGAGUCGGGCCCCGCCUGGACGGGGACGGGACCCAGGUAGGGGCACCCUGCGGCCUGCAGCCUCCCUGCCUCAUAUCGCUAAGGCUCGAAAGGAGGCAGGCCACGGUGCCAGCAAGAGCCCCUGCAUGUUGGUGGCUCUGCGGCCAACCAAUAUGGACCGCGAGCGGGACAAGUUCUUCCAGUCCCAUUACACCUACAACCCACAGUUCGAGUACCAGGAACCCAUGCCCACGGCUGUGCUGGAGAAAUACUGUGAGGCCUCUGGACAGUUCAUUCAUCAGGCAGUUGGCAUCAUCGAGGCUGUCCUGGAGAAGUUUGGGACCUAUGAACACUUCGAGGCUGCAACGGGGGGCCAGCUGCUGACCAAGUGCCAGAUCUGGUCCAUUGUGCGCAGAUACAUGCAGAAGGAGGGCUGCGUCGGGGAGGUAGUGGUGCAGCUGAGUGAGGACCUGCUGUCCCAGGCAGUGAUGAUGGUGGAGAACAGCCGACCAACAUUGGCCAUCAACCUGACUGGAGCCCGCCAGUACUGGUUGGAGGGCAUGCUGCGGCACGAGAUAGGUACCCACUACCUUCGGGGCGUGAACAACGCACGACAGCCAUGGCACAGCGCCGAGGGCCGGCAGCAGUACGGGCUGCGGCCAGCAAACCCCACGGAGGAGGGCCUGGCCAGCCUGCACAGUGUGCUCUUCCGCAAGCAGCCCUUCCUGUGGCGCGCGGCACUGCUCUACUAUACGAUACAUCGUGCCGCCCGCAUGUCCUUUCGCCAGCUCUUCCAGGACCUGGCGCGCUACGUGCAGGAUGCCGAUGUGCGCUGGGAGUACUGCGUGCGUGCCAAGCGCGGCCAGACUGACACCUCGCUGCCUGGCUGCUUCAGCAAGGACCAGGUAUACCUGGAUGGCAUCCUGCGCAUUCUGCGGCAUCGCCAGACCAUCGACUUCCCGCUGCUGACCUCGCUGGGCAAGGUUUCCUAUGAGGAUGUGGAUCACCUCCGGCCCCACGGGGUGCUGGACAACACCCGGGUGCCCCACUUCAUGCAGGACUUAGCACGCUACCGGCAGCAGCUGGAACACAUCAUGACCACCAACCGGCUGGAUGAGGCAGAGCUGGGCCGCCUGCUGCCUGACUGAUACUGGUUGAGGGCUCCGGAUCGGCCCCCAGAACAUGAAGCUGGUUGCUCU